AUGGAGCCAGCUGAUCAUGUGUUCAUCAGAGAGAGAGUCACUCUGACAUGUGAAAUAGAAAGUGGAGAUGACUGGAAUUAUGAAUGGUAUAAGAAUAAUAAUCUCCUCAGAGAUGCUAAAAGGAAGGAAUAUGAAAUCUCUAAUGUUGAUCAGUCUCAUGCAGGUGUUUAUACCUGUAAGGGAACACAGUCAACAGGCCGAAUAUACACACACACCAGUGAAGCUGUUACACUGACUGUAUCAGACAGCACUAAAGCUGUGGUGUCCAUAAAGCCUGAUAAACAGGUGUUUAAAGGAGAGGCGGUCACUCUGCGAUGUGACAUACAGGCAGGAGGAGACACUGAGUGGACUUACAGCUGGUAUAAAGAUGACCGUUUGUCCCCAAACAGAAGAACACAGGAGUUCACAAUCAGCUCUGUUACAGAGUCUAACGCUGGUAAAUACACCUGCAGAGGAGAAAGAAAACAUGACUCUCAGAGCUCAGAGAUCAGUGAUGCUGUUACACUGACUGUGUCUGUAAAAGUCAGACCUACAAUCACCUCAAACCAUGAAGGAGCUGCACUGACAGGAAACACAGUGACUCUGUACUGUAACCUCCCUCAGUCUGCUGGAUGGACAUUUUACUGGUCCAAACACACACAGAACUCUGAGAAGGAGACCAUCACCAACGUCUACACCAUCAGCUCAGUUAGUCUCCCUGAUGGAGGUCAGUACUGGUGCAGAGCUGGCAGAGGAAACCCGGUCUACUACACACACUACAGUGAUGCACUCUGGGUAAACGUUACUGACAGCACUAAAGCUGUGGUGUCCAUAAAGCCUGAUAAACAGGUGUUUAAAGGAGAGGCGGUCACUCUGAGAUGUGACAUACAGGCAGGAGGAGACACUGAGUGGACUUACAGCUGGUAUAAAGAUGACCGUUUGUCCCCAAACAGAAGAACACAGGAGUUCACAGUCAGCUCUGUUACAGAGUCUAACGGUGGUAAAUACACCUGCAGAGGAGAAAGAAAAAAUGACUUUCAGAGCUCAGAGAUCAGUGAUGCUGUUACACUGACUGUGUCUGAUGUAGCUCAGGCAGUAUUGAGUGUGUCUCCACAGAGCUGGCUGACUGAAGGAGACUCAGUGACUCUAAGCUGUGAGGUUACAGGCUCCUCUACAGGCUGGACAUUCAGCUGGUACAGAGCUGUUCUCUACAGACAAGGCUUACAACAAAUAAGAGACGUUCAUGGCAAUGUUCUGUAUCAUGUAGAGCUCCUGUCAGACAGCAGAAGAGAAGCUGGAGGCUCCUACACUCUCAGUCCUGCUGCUCUAAAUCACACAGGAGUUUAUGUGUGCAGAGCAGAGAGAGGAGAACCAGCCUAUCAGACACAGUACAGCACUCCACAGACACUAUGGAUCACUGGUUCAUCUCCUCCAGCCUCUCUGAUCAUCAGUCCCAGCAGAACUCAACACUUUAGUGCUGGCUCUCUCUCACUGAGCUGUGAGGGACAGAGUGACUCUACUGGAUGGAGAGUGAGGCGAUACACACACAGUGGGGAGGUGUCAGAUUGUUCAUCAGUUACAGGAUCUACAUGCAACAUCAGCUCCCUCUACACAUCCCUCACUGGAGUUUACUGGUGUCAGUCUGAAUCUGGAGGAGGAAGUGAUCCUCUCAACAUCACAGUGCACAAUGGUGAUGUGAUUCUGGACAGUCCUGUCCAUCCUGUGACUGAGGGAGAUUCUCUGACUCUCCGCUGUUUAUUUCGCUCCACAAAGCCCUCAGACCUCACAGCUGAUUUCUAUAAAGAUGGAUCAUUGCUCCAGACCCAGACUACAGGAGAGAUGAUCAUCCGUACUGUCUCAAAGUCAGAUGAAGGUCUCUACCACUGUAAACACCCAGAGAAAGGAGAGUCACCAAAGAGCUGGCUCUCAGUCAGAGGUGUGUCCAGUUCAGGAGCUCCAGUCUCAGUGCUCAGUCUGCUCAGUAGUUUAAUGGCAGUGUCUCCAUAUUUGCUGGUGUCCAUCGUGCUGGGGGUCAAAUGUUACAGAGCUCAAGCUGAACCUGAUGAGGAGAACAGAACAUAAGCAGUGAUGGAAGCUGGAGCAUCUUGCUGAGUGAAUACCAGGAUUUUACAUUAUACGUAUAUAUUUUAAUGUGCUUUAACACCCA